CACUCCACGCUGGCUGGGUCUCGCUUCGGAGCCGCCGGUCCUCCCUUUCGCGCCGCCGAUGCGCUUUUCGCCAGCGAAACGCCUCGCCUGUUCGCCGCGAAACAGCCGCGCAGAGACCAUCGUCGGUCGCCGCACCCGAUCGACCGUCAUCCUCGUCAGCAUCAUCGUCAACAGCAGGGCAGUGAUCAGCAUCCUCACCGGGACCGACAGCACCACCGCCGUCACCGCUGCCUCCUCCACCUCCGGCACGUCCUCCUCCUCCUGCUCCUGUUCCUCCUGCCCCUGCCGCCCGCAGCGGGACACCGCCGGGAGGAGAGGACCGAGCGGUCGCCAUCUUGCGUCUAGUGCGUCUUGCUAGGCCAGCCUUUUCCAACUCGCGAAAUCGUGGACCGCAGUCUCUCUCUUCCCCCCCCCCCCUCACUCUCUCACUGUCUCUCCGACGACGGGCAGAACUCCGUUCUCUCGGGGAGAGAACUCUGUCCUCUCGGGGAGAACAGCCCCGGCGCGACGUCAUGGGGGUGCGCGACUUCUCCGGCUCCUUCUCGUGCUCCUCCUCGGCUGCUCCCGGCUGGACGGCCUCCUCCGCUGCUCCUGCUCGCAUGCUGCGAUAAGGGAGAGACCCGCUGCCCGCCCGAGGGGCUCCGAUUCCUCGACGCUGAUCUCGCUCCCGCCUCACUCUCGCUCCCGCAGCCCAGGGGUCGUUGAACGUGGGAUGUGAGCCAGUGAAGGUGGAAUCCCCGAGAAGCGCGAGGUCCCCGCAAUGGAGGCGGGGCCGAAGCAACAACAGCAGCCACAGCAACAGCAGCAGCCGCAGCUACAGCAGCAGCAACAGCAAUCGCAGUCGCAGCAGCAGCAGCAACAACAGCACCAGCAGCAGCAGCAGCAAAAUUCGUCGCCAGCCAGCACGGGGCAGACAACUCCGAGCCAGGCGACGAGCCCGCAAGCCGGCCAGGCCCAAGGCCACCCUCAAGGUCAGCAGAAUCAAGAUGCGGCGGCGGCUGCAGUCGCGGCUGCAACUGCGGAGGCCGGCCCGGUCGAGGAGGGCGUCCUCCUGGCUAGGGUGCACGUCCCGGAGCUUUACGUCAGCAAGUGUCUCCAGUUCCCCAAGGAUCAGCUCGUCUGGGACGUGAAGCAGCAAUGCCUGGCAUCCUUGCCCAAGGUGGCCACUUGGUACAGGGAGCUGAAGGAGAGUUUCAAUUACGGGCUGUUCUGCCCGCCCGUGAAUGGAAAGGCCGGAAAAUUCUUGGACGAGGAACGCCGACUCGGCGAUUAUCCCUUCAAUGGACCCGUCGGAUACUUGGAGCUCAAGUACAAGCGACGGGUCUACAAGAUGCUGCAUCUGGAUGAGAAACAGCUGAAGGCGAUGCACACCAGAACGAACUUGAGAAGGUUACUGGAGUACGUGGCCAACAGCCAGGUCGAGAAAAUCGCGAAGAUGUGCAGCAAGGGCCUGGAUCCUAACUUCCACUGUCAGGAAACCGGAGAGACUCCGUUGACGUUGGCGACGACCCUGAAGAAGCCGUCGAAGGUGAUCAUAGCGUUGGUGAACGGCGGCGCGUUGCUGGAUUAUCGAACGAAAGACGGACUGACGGCGAUGCAUCGAGCAGUGGAGAGGAACAGUUUGGAUGCAGUGAAGACGCUUUUGGAGCUCGGGGCCAGUCCGAAUUACAAGGACACCAAGGGCCUAACACCUCUCUACUACAGCGUGAUCUACAAGACCGAUCCGAUGCUCUGCGAGACGCUGCUCCACGACCAUGCAACGAUCGGCGCGCAGGACUUGCAAGGCUGGCAGGAAGUGCAUCAGGCCUGCCGCAACAACCUGGUCCAGCACCUGGAUCAUUUGCUAUUCUACGGUGCCGACAUGAACGCGCGUAACGCGUCCGGGAACACGCCGCUGCACGUUUGCGCAGUGAACAACACGGACGCGUCCUGCAUCCGGCAGUUGCUGUUCCGGGGAGCGCAAAAGGAUAGUCUGAAUUACGCGAACCAGACGCCCUACCAAGUGGCAGUGAUCGCCGGGAACAUGGAGCUCGCCGAGGUCAUCAAGAACUAUCAGCCGGAGGAAGUCGUACCGUUUAAAGGGCCGCCACGCUACAACCCGAAACGACGGUCGGUGGCGUUCGCCGGCACCUCGACGAUGACGACGAGCUGCUCGGCCAGUAACUUGGGCACGCUGACCAGGAUACCGUCCGCGGAGCAACAGCACGGCUCCUCGUUGGUCGGAGUCGGCGGGGUCGGGUCUGCCGGCGGCAGCCUGACCAGAACGAUCUCGGUGGAGCAGUACACGACGACCGGCGUCAGCGCGGUCACGAGAGUACCGUCCGCGGAGCAAUACGCGGCCGGCACCUUGACCAGAGUACCGUCCACGGAACAACAGUAUCCAUCCACCGGCGCCCUGAACAGAGUACCGUCCGGCGAGCAAUACGCGAGCCCGAGCCCGAUUCCGCUCCCGAUCGCGACCGCGACCGGCACCCUCGCCAGGAUAUCCUCCUCGUCCUCGUCUUCAUCGUCCUCCUCGUCCUCGUCCUCGUCGUCCUCGUCGGCCGGAGAGCAAUACUCCGCGGCGACCGGCACGCUCACCAGAGUACCGUCCACCGAGCAAUACCCGACAACCGGUACGCUAACCAGAGUGCCGUCCACCGAGCAGUACCCGAGCAGGACCAUUCUGUCCUGCUCCGGCGAGCAGUACGCCGGCACGACCGGUAUCGCGAGGUCCGCGAAGGACUCGCACUUAGCCGCCAUCGGCCGAGUACCGUCCAUCGAAGCGACCCGAACAGAGCUACAGAGAAUACCGUCCUCCGAGCAGCACGUACCCGCCAGAUCGGCCGACCAGAACGGCCAUCGGAUCCCGUCGGACUACCAGAGCCCCAAUUCCAUGAGGGACCCGAACGCGAGAUUACCAGCCGCCACCGCCGCGGAGAACUAUCAGAACAUAAGAAUGGAGGGGCUGACGAGGCUGCAAGAACACCGGCUCGAGCUGCAACAGCGUCUCGACAUGCACAGAACGAUGGAGAUGCCGCCGUCGCCGUCGCCGAGCAGCAGAAGUCUAGCUCCUUUCAGCUCGGCUAGCUCGAGCCUGUCCGAAGGCAGCAAUCAACCGUCCGGCGAAGAUUCCGCCAGCAUCGUCACAGACAAGAGUCUCGGCGACACAGCCUCCGACGUGAUCAGCGACAGUUCCGGCGUCGGAACCUCGCAGUCCGACACGACCAACUCGCUCUCGAUCCCCGGGACCACCGUCGUUUGCGUCGAGAGCUACAACAGCGGGAUCCUGGGCCACCUGAGCAUCAAUCAAGGGGACAUCCUCGAAGUGACGGGCGCCACCGACUGCGGCCUGCUCGAGGGUGUCCUCCGGGGACAGGGCACGGGCCUGUUCCCCGCGCACUGCGUGCAGGAAGUCAGGCUGCGACACACCAACAUCCCGUUGGGCCCGCAGCCGGCCAGCCAAGGACGGAACAGGGUGCUGGGCCGCAGAGAGUCGCAGCAUAAGUAUUUCGCGACCGCUCCCAGGCUGAAGAAACCAGUGACGUCGGAGCCUCGCACCGUGGUACUGCACCGCUCGAGAAAAGGAUUCGGGUUCGUGCUGCGAGGUGCCAAGGCGACCUCGCCUUUGAUGGAGCUGACGCCGUCGGCCAGGUACCCCGCCUUACAGUACCUGGACGACGUCGAUCAAGGAGGAGUGGCCGAUCUGGCUGGUCUCCGGAAAGGAGACUUCCUCAUUCAGAUCAACGGCGAGGACGUGACAACGGCUUCCCACGAGCACGUGGUCGAUCUGAUCCGAAAGUCCGGCGAGCUGGUCAGGAUGACCGUGGUCUCGCCGGUGAUCAGCCUACCGAAUUCGCAAUCGGCAGCCAUUUUGCCAACUAGUCAACCCAUUCAAAGACAGUACGCGACUCUGCCGCGUAAGGGUAACAACAACGUGGUGAUCGGCGGCACCCUCGGCAGAUCACCCGCACCCAUGCCUCCCCGAAGAGAUCCGAAGACAACCUUGAGCGUUGGACGGGCGCGAGCUAGAUCGAUGGUCGCGGGUUUAGAGGGCGGCGGCGAGAGGGACGACCGAGACGAGAUCACGUCGACCGGGGCGAAGUCGAGCAGCGCGGAGUCGAUACACCUUCCUCAGCAGCCGUCGACCGGGCCGAACACCGGUCAGAACACGCCUGUGCAGCCUAGAACGGCCAGCAUCCGGUCACGGCCGACCUCCAGCAGGAUCACUGCCGCGGAACUGGAGGAACUAUUUCAGCGGCAGCAAGGUAGCGCCAGUGGUCAGUACAGCUCGUCCAUGAUGAGCUCUCACUUUCAGACUGGUCAAGCUACCAAGUCGCAUCCAUCCUCGCCUGCUAAGACCGGCAGGGUAUACGCGAGCGUAGCGGAAAUGAAACGCAAAGGCAAAUCAAACUCGAGAGUACGUUUCUUCGGGGGAUUGGGCGGCGGUUCCGACCUUCACAGAGAUUUCCAUAGCACUCCGGACCUGAACGUGCAGGUGCAGUCGUCCAUACUGGCUCCGAAGGGGCACAGGAGCCAGGAGGACGUGAACGCGAUGAACGGCAGAAACGGACUUCCACCUCCGAACCAUCCUCCGCCACCACCGCCGGUUGGCCAGGUCGUUAAGGUGAACGUGGGCGCGAACGUGCCGGACGUUGUUACGCCGGCUUCAGUCUACGACAACAUGGCCCACAUACAGCAAGUCAAAGAGCUGGCAGCGGCGACGGCGGACGGUGGGUACGGAGUGAUGUCGAGCUUCCGGCCGUCGAACAGCGCGAAGCUGUACGCCUCGCCGGAGGACAUGAAGACGGUGGGCUACCGUUCGCGCAGCCUUCCGGCUCACACGACCCGGUGCCACGUGAGGAAGUCGCACAGCCUGCGCACCCCGAACAACACUACGUUCAAGCCGCUGAACAACCAGCAGGCGGCGAACAACCAGGUAGCGAGCAACAACCAGGUGAACAGCAGCCAGUCGGCGAACAACCAGUACGCGCAGCCGUUGAAGACGAACCGAAGCCACAGCACGGCCGGGAUCCGGGAGCGGAAGAAGAAGGGCGUGGCGACGAGCGCCUCGAUCACGAACCUGUCGUCGCUCUCGAACAACGGCACCGGGACGAACGUGCCGGCCGCAGCGCCGCCGAUCCCGGAGCCGGACUACAGCCUGUCGGAGUCGGAGAACGACGAGGGCGAGGAGGAGACCGACGACGACGGCGAGUCGGAGAUCGCGAAGGAGCUGGAGAAGGCCGCGGCGAGGGAGAAGCUGGAGUCGACCAGGGAGACGUCGGGCAACUCGAACACGUCGGGCUCGAGCUCGUCGGGCAGCAGCUCGCUGCCGCACUCGUUCAGCGUCGACGAGAUCCAGAAGGUUCGGACGCAGCUGAAGUCGUCCAAGAGUCAUCCGAACGACUUCUUGCUGCAGCAGACCGGAUCGCUGGCCGAGGACGGCGACAACAGUUCCAGCGGCGUCAGCUCCGACCAAGAUGUCCCCGUGGGUCCUCCGACGGGCUUCGACGACACGGCGGCGAGGAAUCUGGCGAACGAGACCCAACAGCACCCGACCACGGUGCUGACGGUCACCGGCUCCGACAAGGAGCCGAAUCCGAAGAGGACCAGCUACGGCGGCAGCGGACUGCUGACCAGACACGCGGUCAGCCUCGCCCAGCUGCCGCCCCCGAUCGAAGCGGACGCCGAGGAGCAGAGCAACGACUUGUUCGUGCCGCCCCCGCCCGAGUUCAACGCCGGCACCUCCGCCGGAAACGCGGACGAGAUCGUGUUCGCGCCGCCGCCGCAGUUCUGCGACAACAAACAGCAGUCGCCGCAACCGCCGCAACAGCAACAGCAACAGCAGAAUCGCGUUAAGAUCAUCGGAGCGAUACCGAAAGUUACCAACAGCCAGGUGAAGGCUUCCGGCGGACGGUUGCACAACCAGUGAACGAUCCCGGCCGGCCGACUGUCGCCGAGACACACGGUGGUUCGAAGCGCGUGAUCGUGCACCACGAUCGCCAGAGUCAAUUUAAUCUCUCCGUAUUUAACCCCCUCCUCCUCCAGGAUCGACGCAUCGCCCGGACUACGUACGGUCGCGUCUUCCUCCGUACGGUCGCGGCCGAGAUUGUUCCGCUAGCGACGACCACGACGGGAACGCGUCGCAAGGAACCUGCACAGUGCAUCCGGAUUAUUCCCCGAUUCAACCGGCAUCUUUCUUCUCCGGAUGCAACCUUGAAGAUCUUGGAUAGUCUUAGACAACGCCUGGGAAUAUUGCCUCCGCCGGGAUAUUACUUAAAAUCUCCGUAACAUCGUUCUGGAUCGAGACAACCUUUUAGUAAAAAGUUGACUAAAACGCAAAACUGCGAAAUGUGUCGUCAGUCCUCGGAUGACGGGUCCAUUUUGUCCAUGAACGCAGCUCCUGGUUGCUAAUUCAAAACUACCUUCGGUUCGAUCUGGUUUACGCGAAGUCUACGUUUUUACAAAAGUUGAUGAACAACUGCCUAAAAGGAGCUAAGAAUCGCCAUUAUCGUCCGCCAUCCGAGGAUUGGCAGAGAGGGUAGCAUUAUGUUUGCGCAAACUUGACCAAACGAUAAGGCGAAAAUCAUAGCGUCGACACGCGGCCGAAGUAAAUUCUGUUCGGGAGAUUUUCCGAUGCACUGUGCACGCGCACACUCACACGUACACACCAUACACACACGCAAGGCACACUCAUAGACACACGCAUACGUAGACAGGACACGCGGUACAGACACACAGGACUUUUGCAAUCAAUUUUUCACCGAUAAAACGAUAAAGCGUUCCCGUUUAGACCGCCGAAGGUGUUUUGUAAGGCGCGAAAACGCGCGACUUAUCCGCGCGCGAAUCGAGCGGCCGGAUGCUCGCGUCGUUCGGUCGCAGGUCCGCGGUAGUGGAGCGUAAUUAUAACACUGUUCAGCAAAUUUGAACUUUUUCUUUUGUGCUUCGAUAAUCAACGGGCGAUUCUUGUAGGUUCUCUCACAUGCGAGCCCGUUUUUCUCUAGAAUCUCCAGCUUUAUAAAUUUGGUCCGCUUAAACAGUGAAAGUUCUACGAAAGCUUCCUGCGCAGCAGGAUUUUGUAAAUCUUGCUGCAUGCGACUGUGAUCCUCGAACUAAGAUUAUAAACAUUCGAAUAUGUUUAAAUCACGAGCUACAUUUAAUUUCGAAGCGACAGUCGAGGUUUCAGCUUUUAGAAUUCUUUGCUCUUGGACCGUAAUAAAGUAUUAUUUUAUUUCUUUUGCUCAACGUUUCUAUGAAUUGUUUUCAAUGCAACGAUACACCUUCGAAGGAGAACAGUUUUCAUCGCAUAUGGAAAUCGACAAGACUCGCCUGUCGGUCGUCGGACCGCAAGGUAGGCGUUGGACAGUGUAUUCAGCGAGUUUUUACCGUAAAACGUAGUAGAAUACGAACCGCGCGAGGCCGCAGAGCACGAUUAGUCGAAGAAGAAGAAGCCUCCCGGCAGCCGUCUCGUGGAUUGGCCUAAGGGGUUGAUCGGGAGGGGGAUCCAUAAGCGGCUCCGUAGCUCCUAAUUAGAGAGAAGAGGUGUGAAAGUGCGAUGUUCUUGUGCGUGCGCCGGGAACCCGGCUAGCGAGUGUGUAGCGCGUACCGGGUUUGUUUUUUCAUGUUUCUAUCGAGAUACAGACGCGUGUUUAAUACUUUUACACGUAACGAUCCUUCCACCAUCCCGAGAAGCCAUCCGAAGAGUUUCCCCACAGCGGAGCAGAUCACUGUUAACAGUUUGUCGACGUCUCCGAUGCGCGCAUCGAGAUACCAAAACGCGAUCGGAAGAUCCACAGUUUGAUCCUGCGACACGUUCCGUGCGUGUUCGAGAAAUUCUGCAAAAGUUUGGCGAGAUGAUUUCCGGACGUGCCGAAGAACUUGAAUAAUUGUGAUUAUGUUGGAAUGUGAUUAAAGAAUUUCGUCGAUUUGGUAUUUCGGGAAUGCGACUCGAUGCGAAUCGAAGGUGCCGAGUGUCCCGAUCGAUUUCCGUUCGCCAGCAAAACGCGCGUGGUUCUGUUCGUUUCUCUCUCUCUCUCUCUCUCUCUCUCUGUCUCUCUCUAUCUCUUUCUAGCUCUAUCUCUCGUGUCUAGACACUGCUCAAGAGCCUAAUUACAAAGUUCUACUCGCAAAGUCAUUAGAGAUUGUUUCUAGUUUGUAAUAACGAGUAAAUAGCGCAACGACGAGUAUGAAUUUAUCACUAAGCUCGUAAUCGCGUUAAUAGAGACGCACUGUACUACUACGUUAACGCACCAACAUUAUUCAGCUUGUAAGAUAGAAAUCGUAUUCCUUCCAUUUCGAGAAUCGGGCUCCCGGGAGCCGCGAGACGCCCGCGCGAUUCUCGCGAACGAACGCGACCGAUUGCCGCGCGAUCACGCGAUUAAUCAAUCGCCGUCGCGUCCCGCCGCGACGCGGGGCCGCAAACACGCGCGUCCGUUCGCAACGAUUUCGCGACCGCGAGAAGAAAAAUUACAGAUUCGUUUCCUGUCCCCUCCGCCCUUCCCGCCCGCAGUUCACCGGUACCGUGUUGAUUUAAUUCCUUUUGUAUAUAGUGUGACGUCGCGUCGACGAUUUCUCUCUCGUGGACAAACGUCGACGACCGAUCGAACGACGAUGGACGGUCUCGCGACUCUCGGCGACAGUGCUACAUACUGUAUAUACCGGAACACAACAUUGCUAUGUAUUUGAUUAAUCUAUAACGAUGGGAACGAUUUACUGUCGUCAUCACAUUUACGAUCACCGCGAUAGAUUCUAAGCGAUUCAUCCAUUUACGAAAAAUAAUUGAGAGAACACGACGUCCUUCCUGAUUAUUGUUUCUAAGCCUUUUCAAGUUUAAACGAACCGGCAAAACAGACAAGAGAACAAAAAAGAUUAAUGCAUAUUCAUAUACAGACACACAGCGAAGUAACGAUAAUUAUAUGCGACCGCCGCCGGUCGCACGCCCGUCAACGAGCCGCGCGAUCAGGGGUGAAUAGUUUCCGAGUCGAGGGGAAUCAUAUAAAGAUAAGUAUUGAAUGUUCCUUAGAUAUUUUAUUGUUUGUUUUACGAUCGGUAGAACGCGGAGGAUCGCCGCCGACGCGUGUGUAUAUCGGUUUCAAAGUAAGAAAGAAGAGAGGAACCACGGUGGAAGAUGUGGAGAACGCUGGAGAUGUGUAGUAGACUGCGAUGGUUUAGAAGAUGACGACGACGACGACGACGACGACGACGAAAGAGAACUUUGACGAUCGACUGGUUGAUUCGGGUCAGUAAAGCAAUAUUGUACGCAUUACAACGGCUCGUGUAAUAAUAAACCGUUUCAGAAUAGAAUUCUAUCUUUGUUUGCGAUCUCGACGAACGGUCUCUCUAUCUUGUAUUGUCGCCAGAUUAUUAUGCUGAUUUACGCGUGCACGUUUCUUCCACGACGGAAUGUGUUGCGCGUUAUAGUUGCACUGUGCCGCACACAGAGUACCAUAGGCGAGCGAGGAAAACGAGCGACGAUACACCUAUAGUUAAACUACAUUCCUGCCAAAACUAAUUAUAGUAGCGUGUUAAUGUAUCAAAAUUUGAUGGGACAGCCGACGCUUGCACGCGUUUCAGAUGAAAAACCGUUCCGUACACGCUCCGUAAACAUCCGAUCUCGAUCUCUUAACAAUCUAUUUCUUCUCCACCGCUUUACUGAGUACUCGAAAAUCCGACCGAUCCGCGGAGCGGCCCAAACUACACGACGCUCGACCGAGUACUUCGACGACGUUUCGCUGAAAUAAACGAACAGAAAACGCGGAACAACGUUUCCCGUUCGGAUCUUAACUCUGUCCUUUGGAUUCUUUUUGCCGAGUCCAGAAUGGACGCUGUCCGACAGCUGUUUUACUUCCCGGUAAUCAAUGUUCUUGUAGAUCUUGAAAUUUACAGGAGUCGCUGAUUAUUUGAGUUCGAUUUCUUUGAGAACCGCAUUCGUUAAGGACGAAGAUCCGAACGAACGGCAACGGCGGUUCGCAUUGUUCGUUUAUCAGUUGCCUCGUGUGCUUUGGGACGGCCCGCGUUGCGCGAAUCUCAAAGACUUCGAAGCAUUGUUCGACAAAUAGUCCGAUCUUGCGGCCGAGGAACGUUUGUCUCGGUUGAGAACGAGAUAGUAGAAUGUUUUAUACCAUAUAGCUGGCUCCAAAAGAAACAAGUUUCGCGUAGCUGCACUUGCAUUAAUGAUUUAUUCCGGAACGAGGGCGCUAUGCGUGACGUUCGCGACCGCAGAAUGUAGAAGAUUUCAAGUACCGGACGGAAACCGAGUGAAUUUAUAAAGUUAACACGAUGGAUAGCUUUGAAUAAACCAUUCGUUAUCCAGAUACAACGAAUACGUUGCAACACUUUGAAUUCUGGCUUUCGGUGUAGCAGACUUCUCUCGAUUCUACGUUGUCGUGUAGAACAAAUAAUUCCUGCAUUUUCUCUUUUUUCGUUUAUUUAUUUCCAAAAAGAGUUACAACCCGUCCCAGUCCCUUGAGUCGCUGUAUUACGCGCGUUCACCACCAUGUCAAAAUGGUACACAUCGUUGUUCGGAGGCGUCAAAUGUAACUCAUUGUCACUCGGAUUGAACCUUUGAAAUUUCAGGUUUAAUUUUUGUUUUUCUUUUCUUUUUUUUUUUGUUUCGUUAUUCUAAAACCUUGUACACAUACACAUACAUACACACGUACGCAUACAUACAUACAUACAUACAUAGACAUACACACGUUUUAGUCAUCGCUCGACGUUCAACGCAUCUCCUUUCAUUCUUAGUUACUAUUAUAGUAUCAUCAUCCUGCGAUUAUCGUUAGUACCUUUUGUACUAUAAUUACUGUAUCACGAGUUGCAAGAUACGUGCAAUUUUUCGACGAUAAAUAAUAACCGAUCAUGUUCAAAUAA